AUGGUGCUGCUGACAGACAGUUUAAUGGUAGUAGCUCCACCGGUGUGCAGUCCACCGGCGAGUAAAUCGCGCAUACAAAUCGAUUGGGAUAUCAAUGAUACGGUGGUGCCGGCGGUUAGUGAAUUCGAUGACUUCAAUGACUGGGCCAACGGGCAUUGCCGGCUAGUGUAUGCCGCUCAUAAUGAGGAUGCCCGUAAGCAUGCCAGCGGCUGGGCCAUGCGCAACACGAACAAUCACAAUGUCAGCAUAUUGAAGAAGAGCUGCCUGGGCGUGCUACUCUGCAGCGCCAAAUGCCGGCUACCCAAUGGCGCCAGCGUGCAUCUGCGUCCAGCGAUUUGUGACAAAGCGCGACGCAAGCAACAAGGCAAACAGUGUCCCAAUAGAAACUGCAAUGGUCGGCUGGAAAUUCAAGCUUGCCGUGGUCACUGCGGCUAUCCGGUUACACACUUUUGGCGACGUGCUGGCAGCGCCAUUUACUUUCAAGCCAAGGGCACACAUGACCAUCCUAGACCCGAAGCCAAGGGUUCGACGGAGGCGCGUCGCUUGCUCGCCGGCGGCAGACGCGUGCGUAGUCUGCACGAUAUGCUCAAGCACGAUGCCGCUUUGAGCAAUAAGCUCAGUAGUCUGCGUGGAACAAAGCGUCAAGCUGGCAAAUCGCAGCUGCUGCCACAGGAGAAGCGCAAGCAACGCGCCAGCUCAGCGGAUAUGUUGCCCACGUCUAGCAAUGAGCUGCUGGGCUACCAAGCUACCACAUCUGUAGCCGGUGUUAGUGCGUCUGGCUUCAAUGCCACACCAGCUAACUAUAUGAACUCGCAAUGGAGUCCGGAUUCUUACUACACGCCUGAUGGCAGUAUCAACUACAGUGCCAGCACUGCUUAUAGCUAUGAUAUGCUUCCCUCGCCACUCAGCUCCAACAGCUCCUCCACGGCCAGCUAUUACCCCACGGAUUCGCAGCAACAACCAUCGCAGCCACAGUUGCAACACAGCUACGAGCAACUUAAUGCCACAAGAGCAACCACCAUGCCUGCCUAUCAGUCUGGCCUGCAUAUGUAUGAAAGCUGUGAUGAUACCUCCAGCUUGAUCAGCAGCUCGGCCCACAGCUGCGAGGACUUGGGUUACUUUAAUGGCUAUGCGCCGCAAGCUUUGGAUAUUAGCGCCAGCAGCAGCAGCAACGCCAGUCCGGAUAAUUUCUAUACGCCCAACUCGGAGUUCUUUAGCGUCUUUGAGCCCAGUGGCGCCUCCACAGUUGAGCUGCUCUACGAUGAAGCCAAUGCAUAUCAGCAGCAGUCACUGCAGCAGCAGCAACAAGCCUAUGUUGCAACCCCAGUGGCCUACGAGCAACCACAACAACAACAACAAAAAUCAGCUUAG